GGGGUCAGACGGCUUUCUACUUUCACGUAGUUGACCCUGUCAGUAGUCAAUGAAAUUUUCUUGAAAUUGACGAAGCUAAAAGAAAGCUUUUUAGAAUUGAUAGACUCGCCCAAAAGAAAAUAAAGAAGCAAGUUUUUGUAUUAUCGUUAUAUACCUUGAGUUUAUUGAAAUGGUUUUGUAUAAACAUUCUAGUCUUGGUAUCAUAUCUCACUUGCUUAUUAUAGUUCUUCGUAAAGAACACAUUUCAUUAUCUAACUACACGAAAACUCGUACAAGACUUUUGAAAAAGGGAAAAUCGCUUUGCUCAUGUUCGAAUAUUGUUCUGACUACAUCUACUAAAGGACUCAGGUUUUUAACACACGAAUAGGUAUUGCAAUAAAUAAGCGAUGUGUAUGUGCAAACACAGGAACGUUGAAAUGAGACAAGUGGCAUCAGUCACUUAAGCCAUGACUGAAGAUGAAAGAAACCAAGAUAGUAUAUUUAAUAAAUGCACUCCAAAAUUUACUUAUGGUACUCAUCAAUGCAUACUCAGUAUAAUACAGUCAAUAAUCUUCCUCGGUGGAGGGUUACGAAGAAUGAGAGGCAAGGAUUACAGGAGUGUCAUGUUAGAACAUUUUUGGGUGAAGGGAUACUGUCACGGAAAAGAGCUAUCCACUUCAACUCAUAAUUCUUUGCAUCUCAUUAAGCCGCAUUGUUGUUUAAUUGUACACGUAUUAUUGCGCUCUGACAUUGGGCUUCGAAAGAGUCUCAAAAUUUACAGAUUGAAUAUUCUGACUCUAUGCUGUGAAGAUUAUUUAGGAAAGUAGAAUGUCAAAGUGAGUUAAACACAUAGUCUUUAUAAG